AUGCUGGCUGCGGGAGGUCCGCUCGCCGCCUGGCUGGACAGCCUCUUGCCUUGCUGGCUCGUCCUGGCGCUCUCCGGCACUCUGGCAUCGGCGCAGCCGCCGGGGGUCGCGGUCCUCUGCCCGCCGCUCUGCCACUGCGAGGAGGACGGCAUCGCGCUCUCCGCCGACUGCUCCGAACUAGCGCUCGCCUCCGUGCCCAGCGGCCUCAGCCCCUUAACUGCCUACCUUGAUCUAAGUAUGAACAACAUCAGUGAACUGCUGCCUGGAGAUUUCCAUCACUUACAUUUUCUGGAAGAAUUGCGCCUAUCUGGAAACCAACUCUCUAAAAUUCCAGAAGGAGCAUUUUCUGGCCUCUACAAUUUAAAAAUUUUGAUGUUACAGAAUAAUCAGCUCCCUCGAAUUCCAGCGGAGGCUCUAUGGGCUCUUCCUAAUCUUCAGUCACUACGCCUAGAUGCCAAUCUGAUCUCUGUUGUACCUGAAAAGAGCUUUGAAGGGUUGCCUGCCUUACGUCAUCUCUGGUUGGAUGAUAAUGCCCUGACAGAGAUCCCUGUCAAAGCACUGAAUAAUCUGCCAGCUCUACAAGCAAUGACAUUGGCGCUCAACCGAAUCUGGCGCAUUCCUGACUAUGCCUUCCAGAACUUGACUAACCUUGUGGUAUUACACCUGCAUAAUAAUCAGAUCCAGCACUUGGGAAUACAUGGUUUUGAAGGACUCCAUAAUCUGGAAACUCUGGACCUAAAUUAUAAUGAGCUGGUGGAAUUUCCAAUGGCGAUUAAGUCACUCAAUAGACUUCAAGAGCUGGGCUUCCAUAACAACAACAUCCAGGCUAUUCCAGAGAAAGCAUUUGCUGGAAAUCCUGUACUUCAAAUUAUGACUUUAACCCAGGCUGGAAUCCAUUUGCUUCCUGGAGGAAUGUGUCAACAGUUGGCAAGCCUACGGGUUCUCGAGCUUGCGCACAAUCACAUUGAGAAACUGCCCAGUUUUCAUCAGUGCCAGAAGCUGGAAGAAAUUGGCCUUCAGCACAACUGUAUCCACGAAAUUGGAGCAGACACCUUUGGGCAGCUCACAGCCCUCCGCUCCCUAGACCUGAGUUGGAAUUACAUUCAGUUUAUCCACUCUGAAGCUUUUCUGAUGCUUCAUUCCCUCAUCAAGCUGGAUUUGACUGACAAUCAAUUGGUGAUGCUUCCAUUGGCUGGCUUGGGUGGACUGACUCAUCUGAAGCUCAAAGGCAAUCCUGCACUGUCUGAAGCAUUCACUAAAGAAAGUUUCCCCAAGAUAAGGGUCUUGGAGGUUCCCUAUGCCUACCAGUGCUGUGCCUAUGGAGCCUGUGGCAACGUCUUCAAAAUCUCCAGUCAGUGGGACCCGGAGGACAUGAGUCCUGAGGAUGUUGAUGGCUACAAGAGGACCCUGGGACUUGAUCAUUAUGACUUAGACAUGGAUGACUUCCAGGCAGACCCUGAUGAUUCAAAACUUCGUACCAAGAUCCAAUGUACACCCAGCCCUGGUCCUUUCAAGCCCUGCGACCAUCUGUUUGAAAGCUGGGUUGUUCGCCUGGGUGUCUGGUUGAUCAUGCUGGUUUCUGUGCUGUGCAAUGGGCUGGUUGCAGUGGUUAUCUUCGCCUCGCCAGGCUAUCUGUCCCCAAUCAAGUUUAUCAUUGGAUCCAUUGCUGGAGCCAAUAUGUUGAUGGGGAUAUACUGUGCUAUUCUAGCGUUUGUGGAUGCAGUCACCUUUGGUCAUUUUGCAAAAUACGGGGCCAGGUGGGAGAUGGGUGCAGGGUGCCAAGUGACUGGAUUCCUGUCUGUUUUCGCAUCAGAAGCUUCCAUUCUUCUCUUAACCCUUGCUGCCGUGCAGUGCAGCUUUUCAGUAUCAUGCAUGCGGACGUACAGGAAAGCUCCUUCCUUUGGCACCAUCAAGGCAGGUGCCCUAAGUUGUCUUCUCUUCUCUUCAGUGGCUGCAAUGUUGCCCCUCUUCUCCAUUGGGGAGUAUGGGGCGUCCCCUCUCUGUCUGCCCCACCUGCUUCCUGAUGGGAAACCUUCCAUGUUGGGUUUCAUGGUAGCUUUGGUGCUAGUGAAUACGCUUUGCUUUCUCAUUAUCACUGGGACGUACAUCCGCCUCUAUUGCAACCUGCUGAAAGGCGAAUUUGACUCUGUAUGGGACUGUGCUAUGAUCAAACAUGUUGCUUGGCUCAUCUUCACCAACUGCCUUCUUUACUGCCCGGUGGCUUUUCUCACCUUCUCUUCUAUGCUUAGCCUCAUUCUCAUCACCCCCGAAGUCAUCAAGUCUGUGCUCUUGGUGGUGCUACCCCUGCCAGCCUGCGUGAAUCCCUUGCUUUAUUUACUCUUUAACCCCCAUUUUAGAGAUGAUUUGUGCCUUUUGAAGCAGAAGAGUCAGGUCCAGGAAAGCUGUGCCCAGUCCUGUAUUUCUGAGGAUACAGAGAAGAGCUCAUGUGACUCAUCUCAAGCUCUUGUUCCUUUCUCUGAUAUGGAUGAUAUAUUUAAAGCACCGGAUCUCUUUAGGCUGCCUCCUAGGCGUUCCUCGGUUCUGGAUGCCUACAGCUUCUCCUCAGUGACUUUGAUCCCUUGCCAGCAAAAAGCAGGUGCCAGAGGACAUGUCAGUGGCUUCUCCACCCAAGCUUCCUACCUUGCCGACGAUGAUCUGCUAAUUGCAUCAGAAGCCAGAGAACAGGCAAAGAGCAACCUUUGGAUUGCCUUGUUCCCUAAACCACCUUCGCCAGCCUUCACAUCUCAUUUAUAA